AUGUCGAACGAGGAGAGAGUCAGGCGUUUGGCAGCAGACAUCCUAGGAUGUGGGAAGAAGAAGCUUUGGUUGGAUAACAACGAAAUUGAGAGGCUCAACGGAGCAACCACUCGGGAUCAGAUUAGGCAGCUGAUACAAGACAAUGUGAUUAUUAUGAAGCAGGACAAGCACACCAGCAGAGGACGACUCCGAAAGCGCCUGGCAGCCAAGAAGAAGGGGAGGCACAUGGGGCCUGGAAAGCGCUUUGGUACGGCCAAUGCAAGAAUGCCAAGGAAGGAGCUAUGGAUGAAGAAGAUUCGUGCAAUGAGGAAGAUGCUGAAGGAGAUGAGGGCCAAUGGAGAGAUCACCAAGGAAGACUUCCGAGUGUUUUACAAGCAGGCAAAGGGCCAUCUUUUCAAGCACAGAUUCCACAUGAAAGAUAGCAUAAUCAAGAGAAAGGCCGAUGAGCAAAGAGCCCGAGAGCUUGCCGAGCAGGCAGAGGCACUUAACUUGUCGAACAGAGCAGUCUCGUCUUGA